CUGGAUAAAAAGAAAGCAGACAAUGAAUGCAGCCUCAGUGUCGCCAAUCGCCAAUCGCCAAUGCCCUCCUCAUACCGUCCUCACACCCCGCCUCCCCGUCGCCCGUCGCCCGACAUCGCCUACAUCCCAUUGGGUCCCCCGCCCCGCCGCCAUCUCCGCCCAAUCCAGCCCCAACGCCUCACCGCCCGUUCCUGCGACAGCCUGAGCCAAAAGGCACGCUCGGCGCUAACAAAGACACCCUCAAAGAGCUCACUGAAGCCGGUCACCCCCCGGUCGCUGCCUGCACCUUCCCCGCCGCCCCGCUCACCCAGCUUCAGGCCCACCCACCGCCGUUCGCUCUCCUUUGCCAUCCCGUAUCGCUCUCCCCCUGCGAGCCCUACGUUGGCCAGUGCACCACCACCAGUACCGCCCAUUCCCGCUUUUGCACUCAACCCCACCGAUAAAAGACCCGUAAUCCAUACACCACCAUCACCAAUUGUCACCCCCAUCUAUCUCCCCGACUUUGACGCCAUCUCUCCAAUAGCGACUACACCUCCACCCCGAGUCGUGCCCCAGAAACGUCAUGUCUCCGCUCCCUCAACAGCCGGCAUGACUUGUUUCAAGUUUUUCAAGUCGCGAAACGCGCAUAUACCGCCACGCUCGGCAUGUGCCGUGUAACCCCCACUCGGACUAGUUUAAUCCCACCUUCGUAUUUCACCUUGCCUUUCGUAUAAUAUACAGUAUAUUUUUCAACAUCACUUACUUUAUUCCAUCAUAUUCUUGCUUGUUGUCUUGCUAGUUGUCGCACACGUCGCUCCUUGUAUUCACUUGUUCUGUAUUGUACCCACUGCAUAUCAUCAUUGUACAAGUUCCGUUGAAGAUUUGUAGAAUAUCAGAUUGGCGCCCUUCAGUCUGGUCUAACUUGUACCCGUGGGACGCGCCAAAGGACACGCCAUGCGGAUAGUUGGG